AGCGGCAGCUGGGGCGGCAGGUGAGGCGCUGUUCCAUUCCCUGCCCGUGUGUCCGGCGGCGUCAGGUGCUCAGACCCGAGGGCAGGCGAAGGGGUUGGGCUUCACAGGAACCCGGGGCGGGAGUCGGCCGCCUGGAGGCUCUCGGGACCACUGCUUAACGCUGGGCCCACCCUAGACCUCGAUUCUGCUCUCAGCCAGGCCGAGGCUCGCAGGGAUCCCCGAGGAGCCCCAGUUCGGCCUCGAUGGAGCUCCUCCCGCCGCCGCUGCCGCAGUCCUCCCUGUUGCUGCUGCAGUUACUGCUACAGUCUGCGAUGCCCGCAGCAAGCCGGGACUGGCAGUGCCCGCGCACUCCCUAUGCGGCCUCCCGUAACUUUGACGUGAGGUAUGUGGUGCCCAGCUAUUCUGCUGGCGGCCCGGUACAGGCCAUAGCGACGUACGAGGGCGGCAGGGAUGGGAGUGCCGUGUUUGUGGCCACACGCAAUCACCUGCACGUGCUUGGACCUGACCUGCAGACUGUUGAGAGCCUGACCACUGGCCCUGCCGGGGACUCUGGCUGCCAGACAUGCGCAGCCUGUGGCCCGGGCCCACACGGCCCACCAGGCGACACAGAUACGCUGGUGCUGGUGCUGGAGCCGGCGCUGCCCGCGCUGGUGAGCUGUGGAACGAGCCUGCUGGGCCGCUGCUUCCUGCAUGAGCUGGAGCACCGUGGGACAGCCCUGCAUCUGGCGGCGCCAGCGUGUCUCUUCUCGGCCCACCAAAAUCAGCCGGAGGACUGCCCUGACUGUGUGGCCAGCCCACUGGGCACUCGCGUGACCGUGGUUGAGCAGGGCCAGGCCUCCUACUUCUACGUGGCGUCCUCCCUGGACUCAGCCGUGGCCGCAAGCUUCAGCCCACGUUCAGUAUCCAUCCGGCGCCUCAAGGCCGACAUCUCAGGAUUUGCCCCAGGCUUUGCAGCGCUGUCAGUGAUGCCUGAGCAUCUCGCCUCCUACCGUAUCCAAUACGUGCACAGCUUCCGCGCGGGAGCCUUUGUCUACUUCCUGACCGUGCAGCCGGCCAGCGUGACAGACGCUCCUGGUGCCCUGCACACGCGCCUGGCACGGCUCAGCGCCACUGAGACGGAACUGGACGAUUACCGGGAGCUGGUCCUCGAUUGCCGUUUUGCGCCUAAGCGCCGUCGUCGCGGGGCCCCAAAGGGCGGGCAGCCCUACCCAGUGCUGCGGGCAGCCCACUCAGCUCCUGUGGGCGCCCAACUGGCGGCUGAACUGAGCAUUGCCGAAGGCCAGGAAGUGCUAUUCGGGGUCUUCGCGGCUGGCGGGGAGGGCGGUUCCGGCGUGGGCCCCAAUUCUGUCGUCUGUGCCUUUCCUAUUGACCUGCUGGACACCCUAAUCGAUGAGGGUGUGGAGCGCUGUUGUGAGUCCCCAGUCCCUCCGGGCCUCCGGCGAGGCCUCGACUUCUUCCAGUCGCCUAGUUUUUGCCCCAAUCCGCCCAUCCUGGAGGCCCCCAGCCCCAACACCAGCUGUCGCCACUUUCCUCUGCUGGUCAGCAGCAGCUUCUCACGUGUGGACUUAUUCAAUGGGCUGCUGGGACAGGUGCAGGUCACUGCACUGCAUGUGACACGUCUUGAUAAUGUCACAGUGGCUCACAUGGGCACAGCUGAUGGGCGUAUCCUGCAGGUGGAACUGGCCAGGUCACUCAACUACUUGCUGUAUGUGUCCAACUUCUCGCUGGGCAGCAAUGGGCAGCCUGUGCAGCGGGACAUCAGUCGCCUUGGGGACCACCUACUUUUUGCCUCUGGGAACCAGGUCUUCCAGGUACCUAUCCGGGGCCCUGGCUGCCACCACUUCCUCACCUGCAGGCAUUGCCUGCGGGCACAGCGUUUCAUGGGCUGUGGCUGGUGUGGAGGCAUGUGCGGCCGGCAGGAGGAAUGUCCUGGCUCCUGGCAACAGGAUCACUGCCCACCUGAGCUUACCAAGUUCUACCCCCACAGUGGACCCCUAAGGGGCAGUAUGAGACUGACUCUGUGUGGCUCCAACUUCUACCCGCAUCCUCCUGGUCUGAUGCCUGAGGGAACCCAUCAGGUUACUGUGGGCCAAAGUCCCUGCCGGCUGCUGCCCAAGGAUUCUUCGAACCUCAGCCCAGUUCCCCAGAAGGACUUCGUAGAGGAGCUUGAGUGUGAGCUGGAACCCUUGGGCACCCAGGCAGUGGGGCCUACCAACGUGAGCCUCACAGUGACUAACAUGCCACCAGGCAGGCACUUCCGGGUAGAUGGCACCUCUGUGCUGGGAGGCUUCUCUUUCAUGGAGCCAGUGCUGACAGCAGUGCAACCCCUCUUUGGCCCACGGGCAGGGGGCACCCUUCUCACCCUUGAAGGCCAGAGCCUUUCUGUAGGCACCAGCCGGGCUGUACUGGUCAAUGGGACUGAAUGCCUGCUGGAACGGGUCAGCGAGGGGCAGCUUUUAUGUGUCACACCCCCUGGGGCUGCCACGGCCAGUGUUCCCCUCCGCCUGCAGGUGGGGGGUGCUGAGGUGCCUGGGUCCUGGACUUUUCACUAUAGGGAAGACCCCAUCUUGCUGGGCAUUAACCCCAACUGCGGCUACACUGGCUCCCAUGUCACCAUCCAUGGCCAGCAUCUGACUUCAGUGUGGCAUCUAGUGCUGUCAUUCCAUGAUGGGCUUAGGGAGGUGGAGAAAAGGUGUGAGGGGCAACUUCCGGAGCAGCAUCAGUGCCGCCUGCCUGACUAUGUGGUCCGAGACCCCCAGGGGUGGGUGACAGGUAGUCUACGUGCCCAGGGGGAUGGAGCUGCUGGCUUCACACUGCCUGGUUUUCGCUUCCUACCACCACCCCGUCCACCAAGUACCAACCUAGCCCCACUAAAGCCUGAGGAGGCUGCCAUUAAGUUUGAGUAUAUUGGGCUGGGCGCUGUGGCUGACUGCGUGGAUGUGAAUGUGACUGUGGGUGGUGAGAGCUGCCAGCAUGAGCUCCGGGGGGAUGUGGUUGUGUGUCCCCUAACCCCCUCCCUGCAACUUGGCACGGAUGGCGCCCCACUUCAGGUCUGCGUGGAUGGUGGGUGUCACAUCCUGGGUAGGGUGGUGCGGCCAGGCCCAGAGGGGACCCCACAGAGCAUACUCCUUGGUGUCCUGCUGGCCUUGCUCGUGCUUGUGGCUGCACUGGCUGCCGCUCUGAUCUUCAACUAUUGGUGGCGAAGGAAGCAGCGAGUCCUUUCUCCUGACCUGGAUGACCUGGCUUCCCUGGACCAGACUGCUGGAGCCAUGUCCUUGCCUAUGCUCCACUCGGGCUCUGACUGCAGAAAAGGCAUUGCACUUGCUGCCACUGAUGGUCUGGAUUCCACCACUUGGGUCCACAGAACAUCCUCAGACAGCAGGGAUGCAUCCCAUGUCCCACUGCUAUGGACAGAAUCCAUCCAGUUCAGGGACCUGGACUCUGCACUCUUGGCUGAGGUCAAGGAUGUGCUGAUUCCCCAUGAGCGGGUGGUCACCCACAGUAACCGCAUCAUUGGCAAAGGCCACUUUGGAAUUGUCUACCAUGGAGAAUACAUAGACCAGGCCCAGAAUCGAAUCCAUUGUGCCAUCAAGUCACUGAGUCGCAUCACAGAGGUGCAGGAGGUGGAGGCCUUCCUGCGAGAGGGGCUGCUCAUGCGUGGCCUGCACCACCCAAACGUGCUGGCUCUCAUCGGUAUCAUGCUGCCCCCUGAGGGGCUGCCCCGUGUGCUGCUGCCCUAUAUGCGCCAUGGAGACCUGCUCCAAUUCAUCCGCUCACCUCAGCGGAAUCCUACCGUGAAGGACCUCAUCAGCUUCGGCCUGCAGGUAGCCCGCGGCAUGGAGUACCUGGCAGAGCAGAAGUUUGUGCACAGGGACCUGGCUGCUCGAAAUUGCAUGCUGGACGAGUCAUUCACAGUCAAGGUGGCUGAUUUUGGUCUGGCCCGUGGUGUUCUGGACAAGGAGUACUAUAGUGUUCAACAGCACCGCCAUGCUCGCCUACCUGUCAAGUGGAUGGCACUGGAGAGCCUGCAGACCUACAGAUUCACCACCAAGUCUGAUGUGUGGUCAUUUGGUGUGCUGUUGUGGGAAUUGCUGACACGGGGUGCCCCACCAUACCCCCACAUCGACCCAUUUGACAUCACCCACUUCCUGGCCCAGGGUCGGCGCCUUCCCCAGCCUGAGUAUUGCCCCAAUUCUCUGUACCAAGUGAUGCAGCGAUGCUGGGAGGUGGAACCGACAGCACGACCCACCUUCAGAACACUAGUGGGGGAAGUGGAGCGGGUAGUGGCCUCACUGCUUGGAGACCACUAUGUGCAGCUUCCCACAGCCUAUGUGAACCUGGGCCCCAGCACCUCUGAUGAGGUGAAUGUGCUCCCAGAACGGCUGCAGUCCCCACUCACACAUAGGAGCACAUGGCGGCCCCGGCCCCUUUCAGAGCCACCUCGGCCCCUUUGACCUAAGCCCUAGGCUGGCCCAUGGAGCUAGACCUACUUAGCGGCCUUGAGGUGACCGCAAGCUGCCUCUGGGCCAUGCCAGGCCUGAGGACAGUGGGCCUCCACCUUGUCCCUGCCCUUUAAAUGUCAGAGGCAAUAGGUGAACGGGGCAAAUUAGGUUCCUCACUCCACAGAGUGAGCCAGUAAGGACAAUCCUCUGCCACACAUAUUUAUGGAGUGCCUGCUGUGUACCCUACCUGCUGAGCACGGGGCUCAGCAGUGACGACACAGACACUGACCUUUGAACCAGUAAAAGAGUAAAUGAAUAUUCAAGUACAAA